AUGACCGAAGCAACUCCUAUAGAACCCGGUAAAGACCUUACUUUACCUGAUGAACCACUAGAAACCAUCGAGGAAUCUCCUUCCGCCCUCUCUCGUGUGGGAUCAUUCACAGCUUCUUGCGCAAUAAAUUUAGUACUACCCUUUAUCAAUGGGUUAAUGCUUGGAUUUGGUGAGUUGCUGGCUCAUGAAGUAUGCUGGCGCAAGUCUAUUUUCCCACCAACAAAUCGUGGCUAUCAGAUCUACCCUGAACGCAGGAAGUUCUUAUGA